AUGCACGCGCCUCUCCCGCCGCCGCGAGAAGUGUACCGCCAAUUCCUUCAGAACCUGCGAUACAUCCCCGAUCCACAAGUAUGGGCCUACUUUGUCCCGCGCUUCAAAGAGCGUCUUGUCAAAUGUUACAAGCCUUUGCAGCAGGUGCACGAUCGCGCAGACUAUAUCGGUCCCGAGACCAGUCGAUCUGCUGAGGCUCGCGCAGACUUGCGGAGGAGGGAUAAAGAUGUCAAAGAGCUGCGUACUAUGCUCGCCCACGUCCGUAUGACGAUUGCCUGUCACCCGCACGCCCUCCAACGUACACUGGAAUGGAGUUACGGACAGCGCGGUACCCUUCGCCACGAACGUAUACUUAACGUGAUCCAAACCUGCCCUAUCCCCGACCAGGACUGGCCACCAGAGGCCUUUGGUAUCGUGCCAACCACCUCGGCAGACGGCAAGCAGGGGACGACUUACCCACCGCUCCCCUCGGACGUCAAGGUCCCAGAAACAAAGUACCCUCCAUGCGCAUUCCAGCCUCUUCCCGCCCCGCUCAAAGUCAUUCUCCCGGCACGACCCCAGACAGUUGCUCAAGGUAAGGGCGAGCGCCUGAAGCGCCCCACUCGCAAGGCCUUGCUCAAGGCCGUGGCCGACGAGACCGCUUGGAACUGGGAGAAUGCCAAGGUCCCACUUGUCUUCCCCUCCUCCUCAACAGUCAAGACCGGUUGGGAAGGCAAGGGGGUCGUCGAGGCACUCCGCACAAUCGCUGGAAUCAAGCACACGCCGGUGGCGCCUGGUAAAGAGUACCCGGCUAUCAACCCACGCGACUUGCCCACGUACAUGCUCCUCCCUAGCAGCCUCAAAGCUGUCCUGCCCAAAAGGUUCAAGGGGAGGUCUCCACCCGACCCCUUCCAGCGACCUCGUCCGGCCAUGACGAGGGAGAACCCGGGCAAAUUCCGCCACCCGCAAGAGUUCACAUUGCGGUUGAUGGAGAGGACGUAUCGCGAGUUCUGGGACGGACUUGUGUGGGUCCGGUCUCAGACCUACGUGCCAAAGGAGAAGAAGGUCAAGGAUGUUGAGAGCAAGAAGGGCAAGGCGACGAAUGGCAAGGCGAAGGGCAAGGUCAACAAGGACGACUUGACAAAGGACGGCGUGGAGAAGGACGAGGGCAAAGAGGCUGCUGCUCCAGUUGAGCCAGAGGGCGAACCGCGCACGAGGUGGAGCGCAGGUUCCUAUGAGGUGUGCUUUGGUUUCGACGGACAGGAAAAGGUCAAGGCGCGGUGGACGGCGGUACGCAAAGAGGAGCAGCAGUGGCUCUAA